CUGUGGAACUACCAACGUGUGUAGUUUUUUUACUCGAAAAGAAAUGCUCAAAAUGACGGGUGUGAUUUUUUGUUAAAUAUUAUUGUUCUCCGUGUGUUUCAAUAAGUGAAAUUAAUGCAGUAAAUUCUUGAGUUAUAUAUACAGCUGUAUAUUGAAUGAUAGUUUUCCAUUUUAAGUACUUUACAACUUUGAAAAGAUAGAACGUAAAUUGUUUUUGCUUUUGUGUCGCACACUCGCCGACAUAACACAAGUUUAUUGCAUCGUGUGAGAAACUUUUAUAAUGGAGUGAGAUUAUUGUAGAUGAGAAAAAGUUGAAUUAUUUUUUACCAAUGAGGAAAAAAAUGAUAUCCAUCGCUAGGAUGGAUGAGGAUGAAAUAAUCGUAGAGGAUGUCGAUGAACAUAUCGACAACAAAUCAGCUGGAACUUCAUCUCCUCGUCUCAUGCCAAAAACAUUGUUUAUUCCACAUGGAAAAUUACGACCUGGACAAACAACAACGGGUCAUCAAACAACUGUUGUUUCACCCUCUGCUUCACAAUUGACAGCGUACAUUAAUCCUGUUAAUAAUCAGAUUGUUGCUGGACAAAAUAAACUUUAUUUUCAGGGGUCUAGUCAAGUGUCCAAUUCACAAAAACAACGGAUACUUAUUCAUCGAUCGUUAAAUUCAGUCGGCACGACAACAAAUAAUUCAGGUCAGAAUCGUAUAUUGGUUCGUCAAACGAACACACCAACUGCUCAAAUUGUUCCUCUGAAUCCAUCUCAGGGAAAUCAGACUAAUGCUCAUGCAGGGAAGCACUCUUUUGCUUAUCUCGGAACAAUUAUCAAAUCAAACAAGAAUCGUGAGCCUGUUGUCAUCUCGGCGACCGGAGACGAUAAUCGAUCAUCAGUUCAAUACAUAGGCGGAAUAACAACAGGACAGGCUAAUAAGCAAAAACUGGUUAUAACUCCAGUUUUGUCACAAUUGGCUCCAACUCCAACAACGACCACUAUCGCAACUCAGAGUCGUUUAAAUAAGCACAUGACGAAUCUUCUUCUACCCGUUAACAUUCCAUCGCCAAAGACAAGUAUGAUGAAUCACGUGAAAAUCACCAAUGGUCAAGUUACUGGUGAUAAUAAAGGCGCAAUUACCGUUUUAAGAGAAUCAAAGACAACAAAUUCAACCGCACAUCCACCUCCAUUGCAUCCUAUUACGAAUAUAACACUUUUGGGAAAAUCUGGACGACAAGAGCACACAGUUGAUGGGAUAAAAAUAACGGAAAAUCCCGAUUCAGCAGUUAUAACACCAAUUCCAAAUAAAAAAGACGAUACAAAUCCACAGCCAGAGAAGAGAAAGAAAACAAUAAGUAAUAUUCUUCGUGGUUCUGGUGAAAAGAGAAUGAAGAAGCAAAUAUUUCCGAAAACAAAUCCCGAAGUGGAAAUUAGUUAUUCUCUAAAUAGUCCCGAUUCGGAGCAUGAAAAAGAGAAGAAACAACAAAAUGAUGACGAUAUAACGUUAAUUAAAGUUGUAGCAAGUGAAGAGAAAAUGUCGAAAUUGAAAUCCACGUCGGAUGAUGAUAUUAAAAUUGAAUUGGUCAAGACGGCGAAUAGUACAGAGAAACCAAUUGAAAAGAAAGGGGAAUCAUUAUUGAAAAAGGAGGAAAGUGCCGAAGAUUUGAAUUCAGUUCCAAGUGAUUUGAAUUUUGAUGCUGCCAAGGCAUUGGAGUGGAAAGAUGGAGUUGGGUCUCUUCCCGGUAGCAGUCUGAAGUUUCGUGUCAAUGAAUUCGGAUUGAUGGAAGUUGUGGACGAAGACGAACACAAUAAACAAGACAAGGAGAAUGGCGCUGGUGACAAAGAAAAUGUGUUCUUGUCCCAAAAAUCUUCCAAGUCGACUCCAACGGUAGCCGCUGCUGAAAAGAAAAAAGAGGAGAAGAAAAAACGACCCGCUAAUGCCGACACAUUUUAUUGCUGUCAAAGUUGUGGUUGUUAUGGUUUGGCAGCUGAAUUUGAAAGUCCAAUAUCAUGCAGUCCCUCUUGCACGGAAAUCAUAGAAGCAAAAAAAGAACUAAUGAAGCGCAAAGAAAAGGAUUUAAAGGAAAUGCGAGCGAAGAAAAAAAGAAAAUCAUUGCUACACGAACAACAAAAACAAAAACAGGAGGAAAAGCCUCAAACAAAAUCGACAGCAGCACCACCGCCGACAAAAUUGUCGACAACAUCGUCAGCAAAAUCAUCAUCAACAAUGACGACAACAAAAUCAACAUCAAUAUCGUCGAUUAAGUCAUCGACAAUAUCUUCCGCUAAAUCGUCAACUAAAUCAUCAACAAAAUCUUCAGUAACCGAAUCUGACGAAGAUUCGAAAGAUACUUCUAAUAUUGAUGAGGAAAGUCAAGCAGACGCGUAUGAAUCUAAGUAUCCAUGGUUGUUUGGAAAACAGGGUUUUUCGUGGGCGAAAUACCUUGAGCAUUGUAAAGCAAAGGCUGCCCCUACAAAGUUAUUUAAAGAUGCAUUCCCUUAUGCUAAAAAUCAAUUUAAAGUUGGCAUGAAAUUGGAAGGAAUAGAUCCGGAACAUCCAUCGCGUUAUUGCGUUCUUUCUGUAGUUGAAAUAGUCGGAUAUCGUUUACGAUUACAUUUCGACGGAUACAGUGAAAGUUAUGACUUUUGGGUGAAUGCUGACAGUAUGGACAUAUUUCCAUUUGGUUGGUCGGAGAAAAAUAGUCAUCGAUUGGAUCCACCAAAAGGAUAUGUGGCCAAUAAUUUCAAUUGGAAUGCAUAUCUUAAAAUUUGUAAAGCAAGUGCUGCACCAAAAACAAUUUUCUCAAACAAAAAUUCUAUUUUUCCAACUGGAUUUCGAGUGGGAAUGAAAUUGGAAGCUGUGGAUAGAAAACACUCGUCUUUGGUUUGUGUUGCGAGUAUUGGAGGUCUAAUGGAUUCACGUAUUCUCGUUCAUUUUGAUUCGUGGGACGAAGUUUAUGAUUAUUGGGCCGAUGCUAGUUCACCUUACAUUCAUCCUGUUGGAUGGUGUCAUCACAAUGGUCACAGUUUAACUCCUCCAAAUAGUUAUAAAGACGCCAAGUCUUUUACGUGGGACGCUUAUUUGAGGGAAACACAAUCAGUUGCGGCACCGGCGCGAGCUUUUAAGCAGAGACCACCUUGUGGAUUUAGGCGAGGCAUGAAAUUAGAAGCUGUCGAUAAACGAGUUCCACAAUUAAUUCGCGUGGCAACUGUUGAAGACGUUAAGGAUCACAUGUUGAAAAUUCGAUUCGACGGAUGGCCCGAAAAUCAUGCCUAUUGGGUUGAUGACGAUUCCACGGAUAUUCAUCCAGUUGGAUGGUGCCAGAAAACUGGACAUCCACUGGAAUCGCCUAUCAUUCCCGAAACUGGAAACGAUCGUCCUGAAUGUGGAACUCAUGGAUGUCGAGGUAUUGGUCACAUUAAGGGUCCUAAAUUUAUCUCGCACAAUUCUCCAUCAGGCUGUCCGUAUUCGUUGCAUAAUUUACCGAAAAUAAGAAUAGUCUCUGACAGACUAAGUGGAAAGCACGAUGUUUGUGAAUAUGAGGAUGAAAUUAAUGAGAAACCGAAAGUUGAAAAGACUGAUAAAAUUAAAAUAGAGAAAUCAGAGAAAUUCGAAAAAUUCACUUUCGAUGAUCGUAAACCAUUUAAUUUCAAAUCAAAAUAUAUUAAAGAGGAAGUUGACUCGGAUAAAAGUGAAAAAUUCGAUUCCUCUCAAAGAUCUGGUAAAUGUCGUCAAAUGAACAGUGAUGGUCAAACCGAUGACGACGAACCACCAAAAAAGCGCAAAAAAAGACGAAAUAUUUCCGAAGAACCAGUAUUUCCUCGCACGAGUUUAGGAUUCGGUGAUUCAUCUUUAAAUAAUUCGCAAAAUUCCUCUGAUAAACAGUUAAGAAUGGAAUUAUAUCAUUCUGUGUAUAAUCCUGGUUAUAAUCCGUUGCCGGAUGAACCGCACAUUUGGGCAAAGCACAGCGGUGCUUUGAAUCGAGUUGUAGCCAAACAAACUGGAAAUCCUCGCCGGUGGUCAAAUGAGGAAGUAAUUAAGUUUAUUCAAAGUUUGCCUAAUUGUAAAGAAAUCGGUACUAUCUUCAGGAAACAUAACAUUGAUGGAGAAGCGUUUUUAAUGUUGACACAAGAAGAUUUAAUGAGCUUACUUGGUCUACGACUUGGACCCGCUAUUAAAUUAUAUAAUAGUAUAGUUCUAUUAAGACGAAAAGCAACGUGAAUGAAUAUUAUUUCAUUGGUUUUUGGAAAUUAAGAACGUGGCAGCUUUAAGGUUGUUAAACAAUGUUUAUGAUAAUAAUUAGUAAUCGAGAUCUCAAAUAUUUAUUAUUUCUAUUAUGUCGAUCGAUUUGGAGUUGUUUUUUUUACGUCCACGAAAAAGGAGAUUAUUAUUGAGGUUAUCAAUAUUAAUGAUUUUUGAAUGCUUUUUUUUCUGCAAACAAAAAAGAUUUUUUGUUUUUGUCAUUUUCUGCAUUAAUAAGCGUUCAAUGUUUUUUUUUCUUUUUUUUUUAAUUAAUGCAGAAAAAACGUCACGUAUAAAGUGAAUUUAUAUUUAUACACUCUUGUAUGUUUAACGUACUUACCAAUCGUCAGCUGUAUUAUUUCCUAUUUGCAAUGAAAUGCAUAUGGUCAUGUAAAAAAUGUAAAUAUAUUCAUAAAAAAUAUUGAAAUAAUAA